AUGGAAGGCGAUGAUGAAGAAGAAGAAGAAGAAGAAGACACUGUCAACAUCACCACCAGGAUUCUGACCUCCAACAACGCCACUGAUGAGAUCCUGCUGGCUCCCAAAACCAGAAAUGCCAUGAAGUGCUGGUCCCAGAGCUGCCUGUGGAAGAAAGGCUCCAACGGCUUGGUGACGAUCCCCUUCACCACGAGCAGUCAAUUCACCAGCUUGGAGAGACAGAAGAUCGCCUAUGCCAAGAGGGCCUUUAACAGCUUUACCUGCCUCCACUUCGUCCCCGGCCAGAGCCAGUAUGACUACAUCAGCAUUGAAAACAAGGGCGGGUGUUACUCCCAUCUGGGUAGAAUGGGAGGCAGACAGGUUCUCUCUCUCAACAGGCGGGGCUGCGUCUACCACGGCACCAUCCAGCACAAGAUCAACCACGCUCUGGGCUUCCAGCAUGAACAGACCAGGAGCGACCGCGACCCACACGUCAGGAUCAACUGGGAUUACAUUCCCCACGAGAAAGCUUUCAACUUCUACAGGCAGGCCACCAACAACCUGAACACCCCCGACGACUACACCUCCAUCAUGCACUAUGGAAAAACAGCCUUCUCCAACCAGCGGGGGAAGGACUCCAUCACCCCCAUCCCAAACCCCAACGUCCAGAUCGGCCAGAGAAAGGGCAUGUCCUACUGGGACAUUGUGAGGAUCAACAGGCUCUAUGGCUGCCAAUAA